UGACGUAUUAAGGAUCGUGGGUUAAUUACGUGUUAAUUCCAAGUAAGCCUUACACCCGUAGUCGCACCUACCACCGUGACACUACGGUCAACGCACGCGUCCGACAGCACCAUGUAAUCUAUAGGAAAUUUUAAAGAGGAUUUUUAUAAUAUAUUAUUACUCAAGAUGAGUAAGGAGCCUAUGGAUGUUAUCCGCGUCAAUCUUGACGAACGGGUGUAUCUAAAAUGCAAGGGUGGUCGUGAAAUUGUCGGCCAGCUUCAUGCUUAUGACGAGCAUUGUAAUAUGCUACUAUCGGAUGCUAUAGAGACAUUUACUUCAGUUGAACUGGAUCCUACAACGAAUCAAGAAGUAACUACGAUCACCUCAAAGGACAGCGGUGUUGUUUUCGUCAGAGGUGAUGCACUCAUACUGUUAUCUCACGCAAAUUCUACUUGAAUCUUGCGUCGAUUACCAAGCAUGUCUUAUGCCGGUAUAAGGAAGUAGCAGAAAAGCGGUUGUAGAAAUGGAAACACGAAAAUAAGCGGAUUUUGCUUAUUUCCUUCCUUGGGGUGUAGCGAUACUAUCAUCCUCAGGGAGAAUAAUAGAGAACAGAGACAGACAUACACUGCCAUCGGUAACAUCGCAGCACGUAUGGGUGCAAUAAACGCCAAUAAAAUGUAGCAAUUUAGCAGU